AUGGAUCUCCUUCAUAGCAAUGGAGUGCUUAUCAUUCAGCAUUUACAGAGAGACUACAGGGCUUAUCAGGAUUUCCUUAAUUUUAUGUCACAUGUUGGAGAUCCUCGGAAUAUAUUCUCAUUUUAUUUUCCUCUUUGGUUUCAGCUCAACCAAGUGGUUGGUACUAAAAUGAUAUGGGUGGCAGUCAUUGGUGAUUGGUUCAACCUGAUAUUUAAAUGGAUUUUAUUUGGUCAUCGUCCCUACUGGUGGGUGCAUGAAACAAUGAUUUAUCCCAAUCAGUCAAGCCCAUGCCUUGAACAGUUUCCUAUAACAUGUGAAACUGGACCAGGGAGCCCAUCUGGACAUGCCAUGGGAUCUUCCUGCGUCUGGUAUGUAAUGGUAACAGCAGCACUUAGCUACACAGUGAGGUGGAAAGAGAAAUCAGCAAUUACCCUUCACAGACUGACACGGUCAUUACUCUGGACUAUUUUUUGGAUUAUCCAGAUCAGUGUGUGCAUCUCAAGAGUAUUCAUAGCAACACAUUUCCCUCAUCAAGUUAUUCUUGGAGUAUUUGCUGGAAUUGUUGUGGCAGAAGCAUUUGAGCACACUCCUGCUAUUCAGACAGCAAGCUUGAGAAUGUACAUCAAGACAAACUUGUUUCUUUUCAUCUUUGCCCUUGGUUUUUACCUAGUCCUCAAGCUUCUUGAUAUUGACUUGCUGUGGUCUGUCCCAAAGGCCAAGAAAUGGUGUGCCAAUCCAGACUGGAUAAACAUUGACACAACUCCCUUUGCUGGACUGAAUUCUAAGGGACACCCUGAGCUACUUGCAGAGCUGAACAGGGCAAGGGCCCCAUCCACCCAUUUGCUGCACAGACAUGGACAAGAGGAGGCUGAAGACAAGUCUCUGAGAGCUUAGCAGGAAAACCACUUGCUUUGGAACCAAAUGAAACGGUUCACUUCUAACAAAGCAUCCAUUCAGUGAAGUAUACUAAUAGCUCAGCAUAAUUUAAUCCUCAUCUCCUAAGGAAUUCAGCACGUGGGUUGAGUGGGCCCCUUUCCCAAACUGGAACUCACACUGAAACUGACUGCCUGAAUCCCCAGCUGGUGCACCAGCCAGUCCUGUCAAUUGGUUCUUUAUGUGGGCUGUCGCUUUAAAUCAAAGCAGCAAGGAACAGUUUUGAUACAGCAUGAACAGUAUCAUCCUGUAAACAAGACUGGUGAACCUUGUGACAGUACCAGCCUGACAUGCUUUUGAAAUAAACACAUAAGCACUGUGGCAAAGAGCUAACUCAUCUUCAGAAGGAAAACAAAGAAAGCUCCUUGAUGCUAAUUCCAGUUUCACUGAUGGCUGAUAUUAAUUCAAUUUAUUUUUGUGUAAUUUUCAGGUAAUACAGACACCAAUAGCGGUCAAUGAGCUGUGAUCCUAGUUAUGCUUUUAGGUAAACACAGUGGUAAUAGUUCCAAGUUCACAGUCUAUGAUAAACGGCAAAAGCUUAAUUGACUGAUCAAGGACUGGCCUACGCUGACUUUGCUGUUCUCAUGCUCGUUAAUUUCUGUGAUGAUGUGUCAAAAUAGGCCUUCAAUCUGUGCUUAUAUUAAAAGAAUUAUGAAGGUCUUACCCCUUGGACCUGUGAUGCAUCCGUUGCAAGCCUCGUAGUCAGUGCCCCAGGGCUGUUCCUCCGGUCAUCAAACCAGCCGAUGUCUUGCCCUAGCAUAGCCUGGAAACCAAUUUUCCUUAACCGUCUUGUAAGCAGCUCACCAGACUUGGCAAAGUUGUAUCCCUGGAUCACAAACAGUAAACAAAAAGGAUUGUACAGAAAGAGAUACACGCAGAAAAUGGGAUCAGAAACAAAAUUUACUUACAUUGCACUGUUAUUACCUGUAAAAACUGUGUAAAAAAUGAAACAAUUCCAACCAAGACAAACAGCAGGCAGACACCAUUGAUCUGGACUUUUUGUUCUUCCUCAUCAAGAAUG